AUGAGAGUUCACAAGUCUAACAAGGGUCUGACAAUCAGUAUCAAUCGUUUACCAGCACCAAUCAACUCUUCAACGAACACAACCGCUACUACUCUACAGAAGAUGAAGUCUAUUGGAAAAGCUCCAGAAUUCGUUAAGAAGUACAAGCUUAUCAAGCCACUCGGUGAAGGAGGUUACGGAGCAGUCUACCUAUGUCAGAACAGAACAACAAAACAGCUCCUAGCAGUGAAGAUAAUGGACGACGCAAACUGCAGUAACAAGACCUGGUGUGUGAAGAGACAAGAGUGGUUACCCAACGAACUAGUCCUCUGGGAGUCCCUCUCUCAUCCCAAUAUCCUGAACAUUCUAGAAGUUUACAAAGAUAACCACCAGUACACCUGGUACUUUGUUAUGGAGUACCUCCCCGGAUUUGAGGACCUCUUUAUGCAUAUCGACAAGCACAGAGCUCUGUCCUCCAGAGACAGCGCACACAUUAUCAGACAGCUGGUUAACGUUGUUUACUAUCUCACUCUCCAGAACAUCGACCAUCGGGACCUCAAGGACGAGAACAUUCUCUACAACCCCGUCACCAAACAGAUAAAACUAAUAGACUUUGGUUCCUCUGCCAAGCUGUCCUCUGACCCUUACUCUUACUUCCGGGGAACAGCUGUCUACAUACCUCCGGAGUAUUUCUUGACAGGAUCCUAUCGUUCAUUCCAGGCUUCUGUUUGGGCUAUUGGCUGUAUUUCCUUCGUCCUUCUUAACGGAGACUGCCCUUUUAACACCAGAAAGGAAGUUCAGGAGUUCAAGAAUAUGGAACAACUUAACCCGACCUACUCAGAGCGGACUCUGAGACUUAACUUCCUCAGAAGCUGUCUGGAUCCCAAUCCUGAUGUCAGAAUUAUGUUGUCUGAUCUUAUUCGUCAUCCCUGGCUCAGACGAAAAAAUGUCCCUCUUCUCUCGGAUUCUGAAAGAGUGAGAUCUGACGAAUCGAUUAAACACGUUCAAAAUUUGAUUGCAUGCUUGGAAACUGUCAUUAGAAAAAAAAUGUAA